GUCUCAUGUUGGCCGCCCUGCCCAGCCUUCUGCUCGCCGCCUCCCUGUUAAAAGACGCCUAAGAACCAAAAUUUUCACACAAAAUGGCUCUCCACGUCCCUAAAGCUCCGGGAUUCGCCUCUAUGCUCAAGGAUGGUGCUAGGCACUAUUCUGGACUGGAGGAGGCUGUGUUCCGCAACAUUGCAGCAUGCAAGGAGUUCAGCAACACUCUCAAGACAGCCUAUGGACCACAAGGCCGCAACAAGAUGGUGAUCAACCACCUUGAGAAGCUGUUUGUAACCAACGAUGCUGCCACCAUCAUCAGAGAACUGGAGGUUGAACACCCAGCAGCCAAACUGAUGGUUCUGGCCUCUCAGAUGCAAGAACAAGAAAUGGGAGAUGGAACGAAUUGGGUUAUCAUAUUUGCCGGAGCUUUGUUGGAAGCGGCAGAGGAUCUCAUUCGCAUGGGCCUCACUCCCACAGAUGUUGCAGAGGGCUAUCAGUUAGCUCUAAACAAGGCCAUUGAAAUCCUUCCCACCCUCAAGUGCUGGGAAGUCACUGACCCUAAGGAUUUGGUAACGGUAACAAAGGCUCUCCGUUCAGCCAUCAUGAGCAAACAGUAUGGUCAUGAGGACUUCCUUGCCAACCUUGUAGCCAAAGCCUGUAUCUCCAUCCUCCCAGAGAAGACCACCUUCAAUGUUGACAAUGUCCGCAUUUGCAAAAUAAUUGGAUCAGGCAUUAACCGCUCAGAAGUGGUUCAGGGUAUGGUAUUCAGGAGGACAGUUGAAGGCUCUGUGACCUCUAAGGUAAAGGCCAAGUUGGCUGUCUACUCUUGCCCAUUUGAUGUUACAACCACAGAGACCAAAGGAACUGUCCUGAUCAAGACUGCUGAUGAACUGGCAAAUUUCUCUCGUGGUGAAGAGUCAAAAAUGGAAGAUGAUGUGAAAGCUUUAGCAGCAGCAGGAGUGAGUGUUGUGGUUGCCGGUGGCAAGAUUGGAGACCUUGCCCUUCAUUACCUGAACAAAUAUGACAUCAUGGCCGUCCGUGUUACAAGCAAGUGGGAUCUUAGACGGUUGUGCAAGACUGUCGGUGCUGUUAUUCUGCCCAAGAUGAUCUGCCCCACGAAGGAAGAGAUUGGCUUUUGUGAUAAGGUCUUCAUGGAUGAAGUAGGAGAUACCCCUGUCACAAUCUUCAGGCAAGAGAGUGCAGAAUCCAGAAUUGCCACAAUUGUUAUUCGAGGCUCCACUGACAACUACAUGGAUGACAUUGAGAGAGCUGUGGAUGAUGCUGUCAACACUUUCAAAGGACUUUGCAGGGAUGGAAGCUGUGUUGCAGGUGCUGGAAGCACAGAAGUAGAGCUUAGCCGGCUCAUUGAACAAUAUGGAUCUCAGUGUCCUGGUCUUGAACAGUAUGCCAUCAAGAAAUUUGCUGAUGCUCUUAAAGUGUUUCCCAAGGUCCUUGCAGACAACUGUGGUGCAAAUGACCAAGAGACUUUGUCCAAUUUAUUAUCAGCACACUCUGAAGGCAAAACCAAUGCAGGUUUCGACUGUGAAGGAGAAGGCACGUUAGUAACUGAUGCUAAGGAAAAGGAAAUCUUUGAUCUCUACCUCACCAAGUACUGGGCACUGAAGUAUGCGACCUCUGCUGCCAACCAGAUUCUCCGUGUCGAUCAGAUCAUUAUGGCGAAAAGGGCGGGUGGUCCCAAGGCCAGAGGAAUGGGCCCCCAGGAUCCUGAUGAUGAUUAAAUCAAGUGCUGGCCAAUGGAAAUGCUUUCCUUUUUUACUUAAUAUUUCUGCUUGUCCUUUCUGUUCUGUUCUCUUCAUUUUUCACAUGUAAUAUUGCUUUACUGACUAUCAGGGAAUAACAAAAUAAUUUUGAGGAGAAGGUGAUACCCCUGGUCAUCUGUAGCUCGUGCAGCACCCAGUGUUCAAGAACCUUUUAUGAACUGAAGGACCGAGUAACAAAGCUUGUUCAUUGCCAGUGCUCAAAAGGAACACAAUUAUCGUCAUUCACACAAGCCUUUCUAUGAUUAAUAAAUCAUCCAAAUAGAAAA